AUGACGGCAAACAGGCUUUACCUUAUUGUGUCAUCCAUGAGACGGUCGGAGCUACAGAGGAGAUGGGGAGAGAAAGACACUGGUCAGAUAUCGAUGGCUGUGAUGUGUCUCCUCGUCGCUUUCACUCUCGUCCUGAAACUCGUGGGCGAGCAGGGACUUUUUGGAGCCCAUGGAAGUGAGCCGGAUCUCAUCAUCGUAAUCAUCGCGGUGCUGCCGCAAGCGGUGGAAGCCGUCUUUCUGCCGGUUGGACUUGGCUGCACACACGCACCAGAUGAUGCACGCCGUCACCACCAGUGCCGUCAUGGAGGCCGCUGUCAAGUGUCAGAGAAAGACAUACCUGAGCAUACAUAUGAGAUGCGUCCAUAUGACUUAAGGCAGAGCAUUAGAUGUCCCAAAAAGUAUGGAGAGACGAUUAAGGAAAGGAAAUACAUGCUGGCUCCGACUCAUGAUUCGGAGGUGUGGUGUGAGCAGAGAAAAGGAGACCCUCAAAAACCCCUGGAUAACAGGUACAUAAGGAAUGCGGCUGUUCUUCCGGAUCUCUCUGAUCUGCCACAAAGCACAGAAGUCGUGAGGAACAAGAGGGGGACCAAAGAAAGGACUUCAAGCGACGAUCUGAUGAUCCAUGGCUUCACAGUGCCAGACUACCAGCAGGCGUACCAUUCAGUGGUGGAUCCCCUCCUCUUUAGACCUUCUGGGAAACUCAUACCUUACAGUUUUGAGCUGGGGUUUACCAUCAAGGAACAUCUGUUCAAAGAGUUGGCCUACCCCACCCUUCAGAUUACAGAGCUUCCUAAUGGAAAGGUGGAGGUGACUGAAAGAUUUUGCGUGCUGCGUCCUACACCUCACAUUGAGGUAGACUGUAAAGGGGAACCAUGUAUCAUGCCCCUUGAAAGCACACAUUUGAGGGUUUUUGCCAUAGCUGAUGCACAGGAAGGCAGCAAACUCCAGCAGCAGCUCUGUACCCACUGGGGCAUUGCCAUGGAUCCCUGCUACGAACCGGAUCUUUGGCUCAUGCGGUUCAGCUUCUGCUGGUUUGUUGGAAAUUUCCAGAGCCCAAAUGCCCUUCACGUCACCUACGAGGAAGCAAACUCAACGAGAUCGCCCGGGACCCGGGUGGAGGUGGAGGUGGAGGAAACGGUGGCGGAGAAGUUUGGCUCGUUGGUGGACGGCACUGAGGUUGCGGUCACAGAAACACUGCCUGUCCCCUCACUGACCACUGGAGCCAGGGUUGUGGUGAAUGCCUGCUAUCAUGAUGCUGACAUUGGCGAGGGGGGCUCCACUGACUGCAUCGUUCACAAACCCCCAAACACCUAUGUGCACCUGGAGAACAGGGAGAUGUGUUUCACACCAAUGGUUCUAACUCAGAGAGACAGAACUUUCACCAAAAGGUCGCAAUGGCUUUGCUGCGACUAUUUGCUGUGGCAGAAAGCCAUGACAUCUGCGGUUUGCCAGCCACCGAGCUCCCUGUUAAAGCAAACACAAGCACACACACUGGAGAGCAGCCUGCUGAUCGGGUCAUCCCUAUGGGACAACACGGUGGAGUCAGAGGCCCCCGGCCUGGAGGGUUGCCAUGGCUGCAUGCUGAGUGGCCACAGGGACCAAAAGAAACAGCUACUCUUUGUCACUUUUACAGCAGUCAGUGUAAAAGUGCUCAGACAGUAA